CAGCUGAGGCGGCGGCAGCGGCGGCGGCGACGGCUCGGGCAGAGGGGCGGGAGCUGAGGCGGGAGCGGACCGGCUGGUGGGUGAGCAAGAGGCAGCGGAAUGGUGGACUACCACGCGGCGAACCAGUCGUACCAGUACGGCCCCAGCAGCGGGGGCAAUGGCGCCGGCGGCGGGGGUACCAUGGGCGACUACAUGGCCCAGGAGGACGACUGGGACCGGGACCUGCUGCUGGACCCGGCCUGGGAGAAGCAACAGCGCAAGACAUUCACAGCCUGGUGUAAUUCCCACCUGCGGAAGGCUGGCACACAGAUCGAGAACAUCGAUGAGGACUUCCGAGACGGGCUUAAGCUCAUGCUCCUCCUGGAGGUCAUUUCGGGUGAGCGGUUACCAAAGCCAGAGCGGGGCAAGAUGAGAGUUCACAAGAUCAACAAUGUGAACAAAGCACUGGACUUCAUCGCCAGCAAAGGUGUCAAGCUGGUCUCCAUCGGGGCAGAAGAGAUCGUGGACGGCAAUGCAAAGAUGACCCUGGGAAUGAUCUGGACCAUCAUCCUCAGGUUCGCCAUCCAGGACAUCUCUGUGGAAGAGACCUCUGCCAAGGAAGGGCUCCUUCUGUGGUGCCAGAGAAAGACAGCUCCAUAUAAGAAUGUCAACGUGCAGAACUUCCACAUCAGCUGGAAGGAUGGUCUUGCCUUCAAUGCCCUGAUCCACCGGCACAGACCAGAGCUGAUCGAGUAUGACAAGCUGAGAAAGGAUGACCCCGUCACCAACCUGAACAAUGCCUUUGAGGUAGCUGAGAAAUACCUAGACAUCCCUAAGAUGCUGGAUGCAGAGGACAUCGUGAACACGGCCCGGCCCGACGAGAAGGCCAUAAUGACCUAUGUGUCCAGCUUCUACCAUGCCUUUUCAGGAGCGCAGAAGGCUGAGACUGCUGCCAACCGGAUCUGCAAGGUGCUGGCUGUCAAUCAGGAGAAUGAGCACCUGAUGGAAGAUUACGAGAGGCUGGCCAGCGAUCUCCUGGAGUGGAUCCGGCGCACCAUCCCAUGGCUGGAGGACCGUGUGCCCCAAAAGACCAUCCAGGAGAUGCAGCAGAAGCUGGAAGACUUCCGAGAUUACCGGCGUGUCCACAAGCCACCCAAGGUGCAGGAGAAGUGCCAGCUAGAGAUCAACUUCAACACACUGCAGACCAAGCUGCGCCUCAGCAACAGGCCUGCCUUCAUGCCCUCCGAGGGCAAGAUGGUCUCGGACAUCAACAAUGGCUGGCAGCACCUAGAGCAGGCUGAGAAGGGCUAUGAGGAGUGGCUGCUGAACGAGAUCCGCAGGCUGGAGCGGCUUGACCACCUGGCAGAGAAGUUCCGGCAGAAGGCCUCCAUCCAUGAGGCUUGGACCGACGGGAAGGAAGCUAUGCUGAAGCAACGGGACUAUGAGACGGCCACUCUGUCAGACAUCAAAGCCCUUAUCCGCAAACAUGAGGCCUUUGAGAGCGACCUGGCCGCACACCAGGACCGCGUGGAGCAGAUUGCAGCCAUUGCCCAGGAGCUCAAUGAGCUGGAUUACUACGACUCCCACAACGUCAAUACGCGGUGCCAGAAGAUCUGCGACCAGUGGGAUGCCCUGGGCUCUCUGACCCACAGUCGUAGGGAAGCCCUAGAGAAAACAGAGAAGCAGCUGGAGACCAUUGACCAGCUGCACCUGGAGUACGCUAAGCGGGCUGCCCCCUUCAACAACUGGAUGGAGAGUGCCAUGGAGGACCUCCAGGACAUGUUCAUCGUCCACACCAUUGAGGAGAUUGAGGGCCUGAUCUCAGCCCACGACCAGUUCAAGUCGACGCUACCAGAUGCUGACAGGGAACGGGAGGCCAUCCUGGCCAUCCAUAAGGAAGCCCAGAGGAUUGCCGAGAGCAACCACAUCAAACUGUCAGGCAGCAACCCCUAUACCACCGUCACCCCACAGAUCAUCAACACCAAGUGGGAGAAGGUUCAGCAGCUGGUGCCCAAGCGGGACCAUGCCCUCCUGGAGGAGCAGAGCAAGCAGCAGUCCAACGAGCACCUCCGCCGCCAGUUCGCCAGCCAGGCCAACAUCGUGGGGCCCUGGAUCCAGACUAAAAUGGAGGAGAUUGGGCGCAUCUCCAUCGAGAUGAACGGGACCCUGGAGGACCAGCUGAGCCACCUGAAGCAGUACGAGCGCAGCAUCGUGGACUACAAGCCAAACCUGGACCUGCUCGAGCAGCAGCAUCAGCUCAUCCAGGAGGCCCUCAUCUUUGAUAACAAGCACACCAACUACACCAUGGAGCACAUCCGCGUGGGCUGGGAGCAGCUGCUCACCACCAUCGCGCGCACAAUCAACGAGGUGGAGAACCAGAUCCUCACCCGUGAUGCCAAGGGCAUCAGCCAGGAGCAGAUGCAGGAGUUCCGGGCCUCCUUCAACCACUUCGACAAGGACCACGGCGGGGCACUGGGGCCAGAGGAGUUCAAGGCCUGCCUCAUCAGCCUGGGCUACGACGUGGAGAAUGACCGGCAGAAGCAGACAGGCAGCAUGGACUCGGAUGACUUCAGGGCUCUGCUUAUCUCCACAGGAUACAGCCUGGGCGAUGCUGAGUUCAACCGCAUUAUGAGUGUGGUUGACCCCAACCACAGUGGCCUCGUGACCUUCCAAGCCUUCAUUGACUUCAUGUCGAGGGAGACCACUGACACAGACACGGCUGACCAGGUCAUCGCCUCCUUCAAGGUCUUGGCAGGGGACAAGAACUUCAUCACAGCCGAGGAGUUGCGGAGAGAGCUGCCCCCUGACCAGGCCGAGUACUGCAUCGCCCGCAUGGCGCCAUACCAGGGCGCUGAUGCUGUACCUGGUGCCCUCGACUACAAGUCCUUCUCUACAGCUCUGUAUGGCGAGAGCGACCUGUGAGGCCCCCACCAGAGAAGCCCUGAGCAAACACCCCCUCCCCACAGCCUCCCGGAGGGGCUGGGGAGCCCUUCUGCCUCCUGGUCCUGUUCCUCUUACUCUGUAUCUAUGCAAAGCACUCUGUCAGCCCUUUCCGGGGGUGGGGGGUGGGGGUGGGGCAGGGAGGGGCUGGGGCAGGCUCUCUCCUCCCUCUGUGUUGGUUGGCCGAGAGGUUCUCUUCCCCUCCCCUUGGAUAGGGGAAGGGAGACCUUUGGGGUCAGUGCUUCUGGUCUGGUAAAUAUAUAUGAUGUGUUGUUUUGUUUUGUUUUGUUUUAAACUAUGUGGAGGGGACAGUGCAUCCCCACAGCAAAAAGGUCCCCUUCAAGACCUAGGAAUGCCCUCCACGCCCUGUCUCUUCCUUUGCCCCUGAGGUCCCUUCAAGGCCUCCCACAUCCAGGCCAAAGCCCUAUGUGCCUUGUCCAGGAACCACCUGGGCCUUCACUGGGCCCAGCAGAGGGCGCCACAGCCACCCAAUAGGAAAGAGGACCUGCCCUGCUCCCUCAACCCCUCUUGGCUCCCCUCUUGGCAACUGCCAGAUGAGGGGGUGCGGCCCAGUGCUCCCCUUUUCUGCAACAGAGGAGUGGGGUUGGGCAUACCAGCCUCUCGCACCCCACCCCCAACCAGCCCCUGCCUUGCUUUGUCUGGACCUGUGUAUCUCUCAGAUUUUCUAAGGACCAAAAAAAAACUGAUGAAAAAAAAAAAAACCCUAUAAAAAAAAAAGAAAAACUUUCAGAGGAUUACUAUUUACUUUAUUAACUUACGGAUUUAUUAUAUAAAUAUAUAUUCACCUAGCAACAUCUUUGCCGCCUCUUGCUCCCAUAAUGAAGACACGGCCGGUUUGCGCCCUCCCAGCCCCCCUGGCUCUGUCGCCUGCCUGGUGGUGGUCUCCGGAGGCCUCCUGGGCUGGAGGGGGGCUGCUGGCCUGGCUGCCUGUUAGUCGAUGGUUUUGCUCUCUUCCUCCCCACCUUUUGUUUCAUUUUGUUUUGUUAUUCUGUUUGAUUUUUUUUUUUUUUCGGUUUCUGGAUAAACCACCCUUCCGGGGACAGGAUAAUAAAACAUGUAAUAUUUUUAAGAAGGA